CAACACAGAAAGAGAGAGACGUGCGCACUUGAGCUGGAGUUGUGUGGGAAAAUAUCACACAGGGGCAGAGGCGAGCGACUCGAGCUUAACCUGAGACCUGGGACCUCACCACGGGUCCAGCUGUGGAUGUCCAACAUCUUUUGCGUCUGGACUUAGUUCAACCUUUUAUAAGGGGAUACAGCCCUGAGAGAAGUAUUUAUUACCGUUAGAGUAAAGAAAGGUUCAUUGAAAGUGGUCCAUUCAACAUGGAAUUACCGGUUCUGGUUUUAGUGGCGGUGGUCCUGUCGUUCGGCACCAGCACUAAACUGAACGUGCCGCGCCUUCGCCUGUCAUACAAAGAUCUGUUGGCCACAAACCGUACCUCCAUUUUCAAUGGUUUCAAUGGAGAUCUGCACUUGUCGGCUGUGUUUUUGGAUGAAUAUCACGACAGGCUUUUCCUGGGAGGGAAGGAUGUUCUCUACUCGCUGAGACUGGAUCAUACACAUGAUGCUAAAGAGAUCCAUUGGCCUUCGUUGCCUGGGAAUCGUGAGGACUGUAUUCUCAAAGGGAAAGAUCCCGAGAUGGAGUGUGCAAACUUUGUGCGGUUGCUACAGCCAUUCAACCGCACUCAUCUACUGGCCUGCGGAACUGGAGCUUUCCAGCCUGUGUGUGCGUAUGUGAACGUCGGACACCGCGGAGAGCAUGUGUUCAGUUUGGAUCGUACCACAGUACAGAAUGGGAGGGGGAAAUGUCCCCAUGACCCCAAACUACCCUUCGCAAGCACCUUCACAGGUGGAGAGCUGUAUACUGGUCUGACUGCAGAUUUUUUGGGGCGAGACUCUGUGAUUUUGAGAGGUUUAGGGACUCGCUCGCCCAUGAGAACAGAGACGGAUCAGAAAAUCCUACACGAGCCCAGGUUUAUUGCGGCCCACCUCAUUCCUGACAGUGCAGACAGAGAUGAUGAUAAACUUUAUUUCUUCUUCACUGAGAGAGCAACAGAGAGUGCAGAGCGAGACGAUGAAGGAGCCAUACACACACGCAUUGGACGAUUGUGUGCGAAUGAUGUGGGUGGGCAGAGGGUACUUGUGAAUAAGUGGAGCACAUUUAUUAAAGCCCGACUAGUGUGUUCUGUUCCUGGACCUCACGGCAUCCAAACACACUUUCACCAGCUGGAGGAUGUGUUUCUGUUAAGGACCAAAGAUGAAACCAAUCCAGAGAUCUACGCAAUAUUCAGCACCAUCAGUAAUGUGUUUCAGGGCUAUGCAGUGUGUGUCUAUAGUAUGGCUGAUAUCCGUGAGGCAUUUAAUGGGCCGUUUGCUCAUAAAGAAGGACCGGACUAUCAAUGGGGACCUUACGAAGGACGCGUCCCUUACCCGCGACCAGGAGUGUGCCCCAGUAAGAUCACGGCCCAGCCUGGUCGUGCCUUCCGUAGCACACUGGAGUUUCCAGAUGCUGUUCUGCAAUUUGCACGAACACACCCACUAAUGUGGCGCCCCAUUUACCCAUCACAGCGGCAACCACUGCUGCUCCGCACCGGCGCCCCAUACAGGCUCACACAUAUCACUGUAGACCGCACUCAGGCCGAGGACGGAUACUAUGAUGUCAUGUUCAUCGGCACUGAUAUUGGGACUGUGCUAAAGGUUAUCGUACUUGGAAAUGGUAACACUCUUGCCAAUGAGGAGAUCACACUGGAGGAAAUGCAGGUGUUCAAGGUACCCACUCCCAUAACCUCCAUGGACAUAUCUGUGAAAAGGCAAACUCUGUUCGUGGGUUCACAGACCGGUGUUAUCCAGGUGCCUCUGCACCGCUGCAGUAUGUACGGUAAAGCUUGUGCCGAGUGCUGCCUGGCUCGAGAUCCGUACUGCGCCUGGGACGGACACACCUGCACACGCUACCUGCCAAACACAAAACGGCGUUACCGAAGACAGGACAUCAAACAUGCAAACCCAGCACUGCAGUGCAUGGACCAAAACCUCAGCGUGGAGGAUCUAGAUCUGACUGAAGAACGGGUCGUUUAUGGCACUGAGAACAACAGCACCUUCCUGGAGUGCAUCCCUCGAUCGCCACAGGCCACUGUUACAUGGCACAUUCAGAGAGAUGACUACUUAGAGGAGGUGUUACUAGAUGAACGUAUCAUUAAGACAGAUGACGGUUUGCUGUUCCGCCGUGUGCUCCGUCAGGAUGAAGGCAUCUAUGUGUGUCGAUCUCGGGAACAUGGGUUCACACAAACCCUCUCACGCUUCUGGUUGGACAUCUUACAUGCAGACACCCUUUCAGACCUCCUAUCACGUGACAGCAAAUAUAAAGUAUGGUCACCGUGCGCCGCCAACACAGCCUCUGUCAAUCGUGGUCCGGCUAGGGCGUGGUUCAAGGACGUCUUGCAGCUGAUUGGUCCUUCAAACCUUCCGCAGGUGGAGCAGUACUGCGAACGCGUUUGGUGUAAUGAGAAGCUGAGACGCAAACACAAAAGCAUGAUGGACAAAUAUCGGCAAGCGCAGGACUCUGCGCGGAAAGCACGAGUCCAGAAGAGCACGGGAGAAUCCCGAAUCCGCUCUCCACGGGACCUCCACACACAAGAGUAAGACACAGACCCACAUGAAGAAAAAUGGACUUCCAGUGUAAAGUGGGUGUGAUUUUUAGAUGCUCUUAUACACACACUUAAACAUACUUGUUUUUGUUUGUGGUGCUGUAAAAUAUUGUAGGUUUUGUGUCUUAACAGUCCGAGUUCUCUCUGUGUUAAUUAGGACAUUCUUGAGCGUCCUCUCCAAACGUUCCUGUGACCAUGGCAGCCGGCCCUCAUCACCUCACAGUAGACCGUAGCUAAUGUUAUAUAUCUCACUUAAAAACUCAGCAGCUGCAAAACCUUUUUACUGGAACAAAUGAGGGUAGACAGGAUGGAACUAGUUGACUAGAGCGCUGCCCCUGCUAUAACAGAUGCCAAAAAAACAUACAUUCAUUUAAGAUACGUCUGGCUGUGAUACAACUGGGCAUAAUGCUCAGAGACUUUUCCUCAACUGAGAACUAUGGCAGCGUUCAACAAAACCCAGCCUGCCAGUACAUUAAGCUCUAAAGAAAUAAAAGUUUGGACUAAUUAGACUGUUUUCUGGUAACUGAAUCAUAGCUUGACGACCGUUGAGACUUCAACAGAACUGACAUUGUUCUUAAUCCGCUUGAAACAAAGCAUCGCAAUCUUGAGCUUCAGAAACUUUGUACAGGGUUCCUUUUCUUUCAAUUUUUUUCGAUAUAAUGUUUUGGAAACACUUUAUAGUAAGGUCCAAUUUGUUAGUUUGCAUUAGCUAACAUGAAAUAACAAUGCAUUUUACACCAUUUAUCAAUCUUGGUGUGUGUGUAUGUUUUUCUAAUUAUAUACUUAACAUUGUAUAAAUUAACAAUAAUUUAUUAUGAACAUGAAUUAUCAAUGAACAGUAGAAUAUUUAUAAAUGAACACUAACCUAAACUUAUAAAUGCUGUAAAAAUGGUUCAGUUAACACUUUAGUAUAGGGACCAAUUCUCACUAUUAACUAGUUGCCUUUUAGCAUGCCUAUUAUUAACAUAUUGGCUGUUUAUUAGUACUUAUAAAGCACAUAUUCUGCAUGACCAUAUUCUACAUCCCUAAUCCUACCCAAUACCUAAACUUAACAACUACCUUACUAACUAUUAAUUCGCAGCAAAUUAGGAGUUUAUUGAGGCAAAAGUCAUAGUCAAUGGUUUGUUAAUAGCGAGAAUUGGACCUUAAAAUAAAGUGUGACCAUUGUUUGUUGUUAGUUCAUGUUAUUGCGUGGCUGUUUGGAAUAUGCGACUGGUUAAUCACAGCAUUGCGACUCUGCAACUAAAACUAGCUCUACAUACCACAUCACAGAUUUGCGCUUUCUUUUUUCACGCAAGUUUUGCCUUUUUGCGUGUCUGUUUUCAACUGUAGAGAAAAUUACCUCAGAGGACUUAAUAUUACUGCAAUAUAAUUGCUGUGUCAUGUCCAUUUAUUUAUUUCUUUGGUGAAUAACUGUAUUUUUGCCACGACGACUGCCUGACUACAUCACUCACAAACUGGACCUUAUUAUAAAGUAUUUCCGAGGUUUAACCAUAUAGCAAACUUUUAAUAGAUGUAAAACUCGACAGCUGAUGUUUUCCAAACGCUGUUCAGCAGCUGCAGUAGCCUUGACAUCUAUCUUGCCUUUUCUCACUGUUCACUUUCUCUAGUUUACUUGUUUCUUUGUACAUCUAAACUAAAAACUCCUGUAUCACUUGAACCAUUUAUUUAUUUGUAGUUAGAAAGGUCCGGAAAAAAUACUGCUUUCUCUGAAAACAUUGCUGUACAAAUCUUUUCUGGAGAGAAGCCUUUUGGCUGCAAACUUUCUUCAGUGACUUUUCAGAACUUCAGGGGAAAAUCAUCAAACCGCUGGAGCAAAUCAAGCAAAAGAAACAAGCUGACUUAUAAUUUUCUGUUCAAUGCCCUGACAUGACUGACUGCAUAGACAAGUUGCACUGAAACUGCUUUUUGUGAAUGGGUACAGCAGCACUGCUCUGAUUUGAACCGCAUGUGUCAUGUGAGUUUUUGAAACACAACAUAAAACAAUAAUCUGAAAAAACUGUUCUGUACCUCCAAGAAUAUCAACAGCACAAUUUCUCUUUUUCCGCUGUCUUUAAAUCAGCUGUGUUGAUUUUAGCACAUUUUAUCUGUAGACAAAAUACACACAGGACAAUUGCAGUGUUUUUAGUGUGUCUGAUAUAUUUAUAUGUUAUUUAAAAGUGUUUCUUGCAUGCAGAAAACUCCGACCUGUGUUUGGUUCAGUGAUGAUACAUAAAUAAAAACAUUUCACAGUGA